AUGAACCUGUUCAAAAUCCCCUACCUUGCUCAACUCAACAUUGUCAAACAACUCGAAUUCCACGAGCUAUUCUUACUAGGACUAUGUUCGAGAAGGUCGAAACUUCUCUCUCAAUGUGUGAACCAUAAAUUCGAUGCAACUGUAAUUGAUGUCAUCGAUGGUUGCUUACAAGUACAGAAUACCGGACUGGAAGGAAAUGAUGUGGUAAAAUGGGCGUCGAUGGAUAACCCGGGAGAUGACGGAUGGUUGUACGAUGAGGUGACGAAUUGGGAAAGGAAAAUAGAGUUUGAGUAUCGGGGAGCCAAGAUUGAUUGCAGAAUCUCCUUCCACCCUGAAAAGGAAAUCCCAAUAAUUUGGUGUAAAGAAAGAUUCAAAAAGAAGAUAUCCCUUGCAACACACUCCGCUCUCUGUGACAUUUCCAACAUCUCUCCAAUUCUUCAAGUCAUGUGUAGCAUGGAUCGUCUAUGGGAGUUUCCAGAUGUAGACGAAAUUGAUAACUUUUAUGGAUACGGAACUUCCAACGAUAUACAAGAACUAUUACAGUUCUUUAAUAGAGUCACAAUCCGGAACAGUGUUCGACUAACCGAUUGGCCCUCUUUCUUCUACGACAUAAGUUUCCCAUUGGCUUCCGUCGACCAUCUUUAUGUUGAGAAUUCACGAGAGCUUGCGGGUCGUCAUCUGGAAUUUUUCGAUGUUCGAAGCGCAUUAUUCUGUAAAGCUAGAGGUGUGGAAGACCAUCACAUUAUCAAUUUCAUAAGACUCUGGUUGGAUGGCUCAUUUGAGAAACUGGAAUCAAUGUGGAUUAUGAUGGGUGCAACACAGUUAUCCCAGGAGUCGCUCACUGAAAUUUUUGGCGCAAAGCAUUGGGAUCCGACAAGAAGAGCAGCGAGGUUUAAGUAUCCAGAUGGCCUCAAACUAUUAUACGAAGACGAUAUUUUGGAUUUGAGGAAUGGAGUGGAUAUCGAGAGACCUAGUGAUGGUAGACUGGCGACAAUUGUCUUCGAAGGAGAACAAUUUCGAUUCUUCGUCUGGAAAGAGUCUCGCUUCCCUGAGCAAUUAGAGCCGGUCACCCUGAGAAUGGAAGUGGAAGGCCGAGAAAAGAGUGUUUUUGUUCUGGGAAAGACCUAUUUCUGA